AUGUCUGAUAUUAUGCAAGUGCAAGAUCCUAAACAAAAAUAUGGAUUUGGUAUAGAUUAUACUAAAAAGGCAUUUGAUUAUGCAAUAUAUGUUGAUAGCAUUGAGAAUAUGAAAAUUAGUGAUUUGUUACGUACUCAACAUAAAGGAUUUGUUACAAGCCAAGAGAAGUUAUAA